GAGCGGCACCACCCCCCGCGAGCAGGGUUGCCCACCCCCGCCACAAUGGCCUCUGGGGUGGAAGUCCUGCGCUUCCAGCUGCCGGGCCACGAGGCCGCUACCCUGCGGAACAUGAACCAGCUCCGCGCAGAGGAGCGGUUUUGCGACGUGACCAUUGUGGCAGACAGCCUCAAGUUCCGUGGCCACAAGGUCAUCCUGGCCGCCUGCUCGCCUUUCCUGAGGGACCAGUUCCUGCUGAACCCCAGUUCUGAGCUGCAGGUCUCCCUGAUGCACAGUGCGCGCAUCGUGGCGGACCUGCUCCUCUCCUGCUACACGGGCGCUCUGGAAUUCGCUGUCAGGGACAUCGUCAACUACCUGACGGCUGCCUCCUACCUGCAGAUGGAGCACGUGGUGGAGAAAUGCAGGAACGCCCUCAGCCAGUUCAUUGAGCCCAAAAUAGGCCUCAAAGAGGAUGGGGUCAGCGAUGCCAGCCUUGUAAGCAGUGUCAGUGCCACCAAAUCCCUCCUCCCUCCUGCCAGGACCCCAAAGCCAGCCCCCAAGCCCCCACCCCCNCCACUCCUACGGCCUGUGAAACUGGAGUUCCCUCUGGAUGAGGACCUGGAGCUGAAGGCCGAGGAAGAAGAUGAGGACGAGGACGAGGACGUGUCUGACAUCUGCAUCGUCAAGGUGGAGUCGGCCCUGGAGGUGGCACACCGGCUCAAACCUCCUGGAGGUUUGGGAGGAGGUCUGAGCAUCGGAGGCUCCGUGGGCAGCCAUCUGGGAGAGCUGGCCCAGAGCAGCGUGCCCCCCAGCACUGUGGCCCCACCGCAGGGUGUAGUGAAAGCGUGCUAUAGCCUGUCCGAGGACGCAGAAGGGGAGGGCUUGCUGUUGAUUCCUGGAGGCCGGGCCAGCGUGGGGGCCACCUCGGGCCUGGUGGAGGCAGCAGCAGUGGCCAUGGCUGCCCGGGGGGCGGGGGGCAGCCUGGGGGCAGGGGGUAGCCGGGGACCCCUGCCUGGGGGCUUUUCCAGUGGAAACCCCCUAAAGAACAUCAAGUGCACCAAGUGCCCGGAAGUGUUCCAGGGCGUGGAGAAGCUGGUCUUCCACAUGCGGGCACAGCACUUCAUCUUCAUGUGCCCACGCUGCGGCAAGCAGUUCAACCACAGCAGCAACCUCAACCGCCACAUGAACGUGCACCGCGGCGUCAAGUCGCACUCAUGUGGCAUCUGCGGCAAGUGCUUCACGCAGAAGUCCACGCUGCACGACCACCUCAACCUCCACUCCGGAGCGAGGCCCUAUCGCUGCUCCUACUGCGACGUGCGCUUUGCUCACAAGCCUGCCAUCAGGCGGCACCUCAAGGAGCAACAUGGCAAGACAACGGCAGAGAACGUGCUGGAGGCCAGCGUGGCCGAGAUCAACGUCCUCAUCCGCUAGCGGGGCAGGCUCGGAGGCCGGAAAGCGGGGGGUCCCUGGGCUGAGUGGGAAGGGAGCUCCCUGGCCCAGGAGAAUA